CCCGCGCUCCCGGGGAAACCGGAAGACGUUUAGCGGCAGUUCCGGUUGCAGAGCUGUAAAGAUGUCGCCGUCCUUGUUUAAUUUUGUCGACGCUAAAGACAAAUUUACGGUGUCUGCCAGACAUGCCCUAGUUAGCAGAACCAGCAAACCGUUGAUAAAUGCUUUUAACCAGUUCCCUGGAAAUGAGGCAGAGAAGAAAACCACACUUGACCAGGCGCUGAGGAGUGUUCUCGGUGAUCAAAUCGUUGAGCAGAAGGCGAGCUGUGAUGAAUACUUGUCUCUCAUCUUCCUGAGUAUUGAUGCAGUCACAGAAGGUAUCUGUUCUGCUACAACUCCUUUUCUUCUUCUGGGAGACGUACUGGAUUGUCUUCCUCUCGACCAAUGUGACAGAAUAUUCUCUUUUGUUGAGGAGAAUGUCUCCACCUGGAAAUCGAACUCUUUUUACACUGCCGGGAAGAACUACUUGUUGAGGAUGUGUAACGAUCUUUUAAGGAGGCUGUCCAAAUCGCAGAAUACUGUUUUCUGUGGCCGAAUCCAGCUUUUCCUGGCACGUCUCUUCCCUCUGUCUGAAAAAUCAGGUCUCAAUCUGCAGAGCCAGUUUAAUCUGGACAAUAUAACAGUGUUCAACAAAAAUGAACAGGAAAGCACGCUCGGCCAGAAGCACACUGAAGAAAAGGAGGAUUGUAUGGAGGUUGAGGAAGGAGAAAUGGGAGAGGAUGAUGCCCCCGCACCAUGUUCCAUUCCAAUUGACUACAACUUGUACAGAAAGUUCUGGACACUGCAGGACUACUUCAGAAACCCCGUGCAGUGUUACGAGAAGUUCUCCUGGAUGACUUUCCUUAAGUUCUCAGAUGAGACGCUUGCAGUUUUUAAGAGCUACAAGUUGGAUGACAUGCAGGCCUCAAAGAGAAAGCUGGAAGAGCUGAGAGCAUCUGGAGGAGAGCACGUCUACUUUGCCAAGUUUCUAACAAGUGAGAAGCUUAUGGACUUGCAGCUCAGCGACGGCAACUUCAGGCGGCACAUUCUUCUGCAGUACCUCAUCCUCUUCCAGUACCUGAAGGGUCAGGUCAAGUUCAAAAGCUCCAGCAGUGUCCUGAAUGAUGACCAGACUAUGUGGAUCGAAGAGACUACUAAACUGGUUUAUCAGCUGCUGAGAGAGAUCCCUCCUGAUGGGGACAAGUUUGCCACCAUGGUUGAGCAUAUCCUCAACACAGAGGAGAACUGGAAUGGCUGGAAAAAUGAAGGAUGCCCGAGCUUUGUGAAGGAAAGGACAGUAGAUGACAAACCCAAAAGACCCACCAGGAAACGACAAGCUCCUGAGGACUUCCUUGGAAAAGGGCCAGACCGCAAGAUUUUCAUGGGAAAUGAUGAGUUGACUCGACUGUGGAACCUGAACCAUGACAACAUGGAGGCCUGCAAGUCGGACAGCAGGGAGUUCAUGCCAUCAUUGGAUGAAUUCUUUGCGGAGGCCAUUGAACAGGCUGACCCUGCUAACAUGGUGGAAGAAGAGUACAAGGUUGUUAGGAACCCAAACUACGGCUGGCGUGCUCUGAGGCUUCUGUCCCGAAGAAGUCCACACUUCUUUCAACCAACUAACCAGAAGUUCAAGAGCCUGGCAGACUACCUGGACAGCAUGGUCAGCAAACUGGCCAAAGAACUGCCGAAGGAUAUUCCCUCUGAAGAGAUCAAGACAGGAGAGGAAGAUGACGAUGAUAAUGGAGACAAUCUUCUCAAAGACAGCAAUGACAGUCCAAGCAUACAGAACAAAAUGGUGACAAACCAGCAGAUGGAUGACAUUGCAGCCAAACUGGGAGCACAGUGGAAGACGCUGGCAUCUCAUUUGGAAAUGAAGGCCGCAGAGUUGCGUGAGAUUGAAACAGACAGUGAAGAUGUCGACAUGCAGGCCAAACUGUUGCUUGUAGCCUGGCAGGACAGAGAGGGAACACAGGCUACCGUGGAGAGCCUGGUCACAGCUCUUAACGCUGCAGGUUUCUCCCAGAUUGCAGACAACCUCAGUGAGGCUUAAGCGGAGCUCUUGUAAAGAGAGGUCAGCAGCGCAUGCACUUCCUGCGCCGGAUGAAGAGAGCACACCUCCCCCCUCCAUUUUCACAACCUUCUACAGAGGCACCAUAGAGAGCAUUCUGACCAGCUGCAUUUCUUACUGGGCUCGAGCCUGCAGUGCCUCCGACUGGAAGUCCCUUCAGAUGGUAGUGAGGACAACGGACAAAAUCAUCAGGACUUUACUUCCUCCCAUCCAAGAUGUUUCAAAGCAACGCUGCAUGAUAAGGUCUCAUAACAACAGCAAAGACUCCUCACACCCCCACCUUGGGCUGUUCUCACUGCUAAACUCUGGAAAGAGGAUUUACAGCCUUCAAAGCAGUACAGCCAGGAUCUGCAUUAGCUUAUUCUCACAGACCAUAAGACUGUUAAACUCAAGUCAAUGACCCCUCCACCCCCUUCACACACCCACACAGGACUGCUUCAUUGGACUGUGUAAUAUAAUAUAAAUAUACACCUGUGCAAUAAUUAUUUAUAUCCCAAGUAGUACUUAUAUAUGUAGUUUCUAAUUUUGUGACACCUAUUUCUAUUUACAUUUUGUACUUUUUAUGUAAAUACUAGCUGUUUUUAUCUGGCACAACGUUCUUGCUGCUGUUUUUUAUCCUGCAUUAUGAUGAGACAACUGAAAAGAAAUUUUGUUCUAAACGACACUUUAAAGUGAGAUUGGUAUGACAAUAAAGGAA